AUGCACUGCAUGGAUGGUGGAUACAGCAGCAUCAACCACUGGGAGAGGGAGUCUGGAAAGAGGGUGGAUGACUGGUCCAAGACAGUGGACCUAAGGAAUGGCAGCACAGUGACAGAGUUUAUCCUCGUGGGCUUUGAGCAGAGCUCCUCUUUCACUCGGGCAUUGAUCUUUGCCCUCUUCCUAGCCCUCUACAGCCUUGCCAUGGCCAUGAAUGGCCUCAUCAUCUUCAUCACCUGGACAGACCCCAGGCUCAACAGCCCCAUGUACUUCUUCCUUGGCCACCUGUCCUUCCUGGAUGUCUGCUUCAUCACCACCACCAUGCCACAGAUGCUGAUCCACCUGGUGGUCAAGAACCACAUUGUCUCCUUUGUCUCUUGCUCAACCCAGAUGUACUUGGUUUUCUGUAUGGGUGUGGCUGAGUGCAUUCUCUUAGCUUUUAUGGCCUAUGACCGUUAUGUUGCUAUCUGCCACCCACUCAGCUAUGCCCAGAUCAUGAGCGGGCAGGUUUGUGUGAAGCUGGUAAGUACUGCCUGGUUCUUUGGGCUGAUCAAUGGCAUCUUUCUUGAGUAUAUGUCAUUCCGGAAUCCCUUCUGUAGAGACAACCACAUAGAAAACUUCUUCUGUGAGGCCCCCAUAGUGAUCACUCUCUCUUGUGGAGACCCCCAGUUUAGUCUGAGGGUGAUCUUUGCCGAUGCCAUCGUGGUGCUGCUCAGCCCCAUGGUGCUCAUUGUCAUCUCCUAUGCACGCAUCCUGGCCUCCAUCCUUGGCAGAGCCUCCUCCUCAGGUCGUGGAAAGACCUUCUCCACUUGUGCUUCCCAUCUGACUGUGGUCAUCUUUUUGUACACCUCAGCCAUAUUCUCUUAUAUGAACCCUCGCAGCACACAUGGCCCUGAAAAAGACAAGCCUUUCUCCCUCCUCUACACCAUCAUCACCCCCAUGUGCAACCCCAUCAUCUAUAGUUUUCAAAACAAGGAAAUGAAGGGGGCCAUGGUGAGGGCCCUUGGGAGGACCAGCCUGGCCAAGACAGAGUCUGUCUAGGGGGAAGCCUCCUGGAAGAGCAGCUUCCUCCCCCCAGCCCUGACAACUGGGUAACUCUCCAAUGCUGAAAGGCUCUAGGAAAGAGCAUUCAUAGUUUUCUUCCUACUAGCAUCAGACCUGGAAGAUUAUGUUGAUGUCUAAUGCUCAUCUGUCUGAUUUCACUUCAAGUGUUGUUUUCUCUUGAUCCUUUCUCAGGAUAAUUUGAGACUUUCCUACUUUUUUCUUCUAUGUUGUCAA